GGUUUGGGGACGCACACCAGUUCAGCAGGAGGCCGGCGACGAGUAUCGGCGACCAGCGCAAGUUCCGCUGAUUUUCUUCUGCAGCCACACCGGCGAUCAGCGCGGGUGGUCAGAAUGAAGGGUCGUAUUGAGGUGAUGCGUUCCCUCUGCAAGGUUUUGGACACAAACUUCGAAGAUAAGUUAAAAGAACUGGGUCAAUGGGAGGAGCUUGACGAGGGAACGAUAGAAUGGAAAACGGUCGAGAGCAGAUUAGAGCGGACGAUACAGACGCUACUUGAGGUCAGAGAUGAGAGAUAUAAGCAGCUGAAAGAGUGUGGGACUAAGGUCAUACAACAGUGGAAAUCAAACGAUGCACCAGCAUCAAGAAUCGUUGAUUUUUCAGAAGCCUUAGCAUUUUAUGAUGCUGCAUCGGCAACAGAGUCAUCCACACAGCUCACUGGAAGCAAAGCUCUCAACAUUGAUUCAAUUAAGAAGAUAAAUAAGGAAAUUCUUUUGCAAAACUCACUAGAGCUGAAGAAAUUGAAAGGAAAGUUUGACAGGCUCAAGAAUAAGUUGUUUUCUCUGAUUCACAAGAACCAUCUUCAGUUGAGUCUGGCGGAUUUUGUUUUUGAAAUGAAAGUUGAGUCGAAUAAAGAUUAUUUUUCUGCACGCAAGAAGUUGAAAGAGGCGAUCUCAAAUGUCAAAGCUCAGGUUGUUAAGAGGAAGGAAAUAAUUAUGAGAACAGAGAUGCUGAAAUUGGCUAUAGAUCAAUCAAUGCCCCUGGCAAAUAUCGAAGGGUUCAUCCAAGUGAUCAAAAGACAGGUGGAUGUGUUGGUUCAGGAUGAAGGGAAACCUUAUAUUUAUGAUUGUGAAGAUAUAAAUUCAAUUCUCGAUAAGCUCCAAUCUAUUGCUUCUGAGAAGAAGGCUCCGCAAAAUUCAGGUUCCAAGCUGAGAAUAAAAGAACUUGUUCCGGAAAAGGGAAUGCAGGAGAAAGCUUCAGGAACCUCAAGAGCAAGUUUUAGUCUGUCUGCUGCUAAUGCGGGUAAGGAAUCUCGAGAGAAGCCCGCAGCAUGUCUGAGAUCAAGCUCAAGGCUCAAGGAGAAGCGAACUCAACCGGAACUGCGAGGAACAAUGAGUCUGUCUGUCCAAGUCCUUCCACAGCAGGAAUCAUCAAGCUCCCAAAGUGGAGAAGAAGAUCACUCAGGGGAAACCUCAAGAGCAAGCUUCAGUCUGUCUGCUGCUAAUGCGAGUAAGGAAUCUCGUGCUGUUGCUCAAAAGAAGCCUGCAGCAGGUCUGGGAUCAAGUUCAAGGCUCAAGGAAACGCAAACUCAACCAGAAAUGCGAAGAAUAACGAGACUGUCUGUCAAGGUCUUCCCACAGCAGGAAUCAUCAUGCACCCAAAUUGGAGAAGUAGAAGAUCACUCAAGGAAAACCUCAAGAGCGAGUUCCAGUCUGUCUGCUGCUAAUGCGGUCAAGGAAUCUGGUGCUGCUGCUCAAAAGAAGCCCGCAGCUGGUCUGAGAUCAAGUUCGAGGCUCAAGGAGAAGCAAGCUCAACCAAAACUGCAAAGAAAGACGAGAGUGUCUGUCCAAGUCUUUCCACAGCAGGAAUCAUCAAGCUCCCAAAGUGGAGAAGAAGAUCACUCAGGGGAAAGCUCGCUGCCUGUUGAACCGCAAUUGAUAGCUUCAUUGCCACCACAUCCAAGGCAGCCCAGGACUCGAAGAGUGGAAAUACCACCUGGUGAAGGAUGACAAAAGCUGACAAGGUCCGCAACUUGAUGGAAGUGAACAUCCAAAAUAAGGGGCCAGGGCUAGGCGUAAGGAAUUAAAAAGCAACAAAAAACAGAGUGAAUCCACCAGAGUGAGUGAAUCGGUAGAAGAGGGGGCAAUAACAUGAAUAACAUACAAGAUCCAGAAGCAAGUCUGUUGUAGGAAUCUUUUGCCAACAAACAGAAGAUUUUGCGCUGUAGGAAUCAUGUAGCGAUCAGAUCAGAUGCAGUAGUCAAAAUUUUGCCAACAGUAGCCAAAAAUUUUCUACUUUUUUUUGUUGCUCGCCUGAUUUUUCACAUAUAUGGUCAGAUGCAGUGGGGAUUUUUUUCGAAA